AUGGUGCUCGGGAAAUAUCCAAUUUUAUUUCGAACUUUAAAAUUUUUAACAAUUUUAACUACUUUGGCUAUUAUAGCAUCAGAAAUAACGCAAUAUAAAGCAUUUACAUUAUACUCUACAAGUGAUACAAAUAAUAUCAUACAUGAAUUUCCCGAUGAUUAUUAUCAAAAUUCAAGAUCGAAUUUAUAUGGCAUAAAAAUAUUUUUUUAUAUUAUAUUGAUUUUGACGAUUAUUAUAAAUGGCAUACAAUUUGUUAAAUUUAAUAUGUUAUGGAGGGAAGGUCCUUCCAUUCGAGAUAUUGUAUUCGGAGGAGGAUUUGCAAUUGUAUGGAUAAUCGCCGGUUUAGUAAACGUAUUCGCGUAUUAUUAUGCACCAGAAUUAACUUGUCCCGGUUAUUCAAAAAAACAUCCAACAUCACAAAUUCCAUGGGAAUUACAAUUAAAAUGUAAAUUAUACUUGUCAAUUACUGCUUUAGCUUGGUUAAACGUUGUAAUAUUUUUUUUAUCUACUGCAUUAUAUUGGAAAUUAUGGAUCAAUAGAAAUAGAGAAACACUAGUGAUGCCAUAA